UCCCGUCGCAUAUGUCCUUCAAUUUUUCAAUUUUCCUACCCCAACUCGUCCUCUAUUAUGUUUCUAUGUAUAUAUUCGCCAUACGCCAAGACUUUAUUUGUCGUCCAACUCGGUUUGAUGCAUGUUCGUCGAGAAUGGAAGCACACAUUCGAGCUAAUUCAUAUUUCUGUCCAUUUCCUCUUGUCAUAUCCGCAUUCACCUUCAUUUUCCUCCAGCAAGUUACCAACUCACCCAGGCUUGGCUUUGCUCUAUACAAGCCCGCUCUCCUCUUCGUUCCCUCUUCCUUUCCUUCUCCAGCAUCCGGAAGAAGACCGAGGCCAACGGCAAGAAUGGCAUCGACAAACCCAGCAGCAGGAGGAAGCGGUGCGGGCAACGCCAACAAGCGUGCUCAGCGCAAACGGAGUCUCCGGGCUUCUGUGCUGGCAAAAAAACGCCAGUAAAGUACAAGCAUCCUGCCCGCCCUCGCCCUCGCCCGCCAUGACCGCGGCACCCUUCUCCCCCCCACCAUCUGUGCCUUCGGGCUUCUUCGGUGUCGCCGGCGCCGCACUGCGGCAGACCGCUCGGGACGCACAGCGCGUCACCCCAACCUCCGCGGGCGAAGAGCCCAGUGAAGACGAGCUGAAGGAGCGCCAGGCGCUCGACGAGAAGCGCAGCCAAAUGGGAAGCAUCAAAAGCGCAUUUGGCAGCGACGCCUCUCUGGUGAGUUCAAAGGACGACGGCAGCCAACAAGAUGGCGAAAACCCGGAGAUGCAACCUCGCCUGGACGACUCAAAGGCUCGACGUAUACUCGGAUUGGCUCAGGCUAACAUUUCCCCCGAGUCAUCUCCCAAAGGCCGCCAGACCCAGGGAUUGGAGCGCGUUGGAGCGACUCCCCUCUCUCCCAUCGCCGAGCCUAGCUCUCCAGCUGCUGGCCGUGCCGAAGACACACGCGCACUGCCAUCGCCCGAUUCACCUUUCCUGGCUUCCGAAGCAGAUAGCGUUCGGUCCCGCUCUAUUGGCCUGUUCAGGAGGAAUAUACCCCGUCUCGCCUCUUCCAGAAACCUCCUCACGACCUUCUCGCGAAAGACCAACAAAGGCAAGCCCGAAAACGAGGACAACGAGGACGACGACGACAACAACAACAAUCCCCCCACCCAAUUAACACCAUCUACUCCAACCACUCCAUUCACACCACCCAUUUCCGUUGCUAAAAAGCUCCCAAUCUACCCUCCUGGCACCGCCCAUGCCCUCAUAACAUGGCACACGGUACUUCACAACAUCUACACCGUCCACAAGCCCACGGACUCUCAACUCAAAUCCAACGCUUCACUUACAUACAAACCAACCCGCCCUACCGCCAAGCCCCUCGUCUCCAUCUCGUUUAACACCAUCACCCCCUCCCUCACCGCUCAAGGACCCGUCUUCCACAUUAACACCAACGACAUCGCGCGCAUCCUGUACGUGGAGACCGAUACCUUCAACCUCAGCCAAAACAAGCAAAAGACACGUGAAGGACGCUGGGCCUUCGUGUUGCUCAAGUACGCAGCAUCUACCGCCGCCGCCGCCGCUACUACCUCGUCCCCUCCUCCCUCUUCUUCCACCAAUGUAGCCACCGCUGCCAUCAAUCCCGCUCCCCUCAACCUCCCCAAGGAAAUCGAGCAAACCCGCACAAACACCACUCCCUGGAUCCUCAUCGCAUGGCCCGUCUCGGCAGUAUCCAAGACGACCCAUGCUCAGAAAUCAAUCUCCCCCGACACCCCCAACAUCUCUUCUCCUCUUCCCCGCUCCGCCCUCCCGCGCUCCCCUCUCCCGCGCUCCCCGCUCGCAAACCUCGCAAUGUCGAGCUACGACUCCACCACCGCCGAUGAGUCUGCUCCCGCGACCACCACCACCACUACCACUACAAUCCACCGCACGACGGUGUUCUUCGGCACGCCCGGAAGUCUUCCUCUCGUAGAGAGUCACGGCAUCAAUGCGGAUGCUCUCGCGGCCUUUGUCGAGGCCUUCGGCCUGGGAAACGGAAAGGUCGUGUUGGAUGCGGAGAUGGAGUGA